CAUUGAUUCCUGGGGCCGGCAUCACAGAUUCAGGAGAGAAAAUGGGUAGGGGUCCUUUUAAAGUCCCCAAGGCUCCUGUUUUCGAUGGGACCGACGUGUCCUAUCCCUCGUGGUCACAGAAUUUUCUGCUGAGUGCCCGGCACAACAAUCUGUUUGAAGCGUUUGUUUCUGAGACUGAGAUUCCAAUUGCUGACAUUGGUUUCGACUUGACCCCCUGGGUAGAGAAAGGAUUCAGUGUGGGUGUGCUGCGUCAGGCUGAAAUGGGAUGGUGGUUUCUGUUUGAUUGCUUGAAGAAGGAAAGUCUGAAAACUAUGGCUAGGCACGCUGGUUCCCCCAGCAAGGCGUUCCGAGUGCUCAAAGAUCACUUCCUACCGUUGAGCCAGAGUCAGAUUCGUGUGCAAGAGGAGAAACUCAAGUCAUUGCGCAUGCGUUCGAAUGAGAAUCCCUCCAUCUUCUUUACAUCUAUGAGAGAGACGCUUGGUGUGCUUCAGAUGCUGGAAGUUAAGAAAGAUGACAGAGAGGUAUGCAACCUGAUGCUCGAGGGAUUGUCACAUGAGUAUAAGACCCUGCGUGAAACUCUGGUGGUGUUCUGUCCGAAUGAACCGUCGUUCAUAGAGACUAAAGUGCGUGAGAGGUAUCUCGACUUGCUGACUCAACCUGGUCCGAAGAAACACAGUGUUGCACUCAUGUCUAGACCUGUGAGGAAGAGUGCGAAGAAGCAGAACCAGAAGUCAAAGUCUAACUCCGAGUCUGAUUCGUCUAAGAAAAAGAUUUUUCAGGGGAAGUGUUUCAAGUGUGGGGAGAAGGGUCACUUGAAGAUGGACUGCCUGGCUCGUGUGAUAGCUCAUCCCUCUCAGACCGGACCAUCCGAGGACGACAAGGAUGAGAACGGUGAGAAGUCUGACUUGGUGUUGUUGUUAUCUCAAGCCAACUCAAGCGAAUGGAGUGGUGGCAAGUACAUUGCAGCAAUGUAUGCCAAAAUCAUGCAGAAGUGGCAGGAGUCCCGUGGUAGCAGUAGAAAUGAUGCUGUUUUGGAACACCAUGAUACCAUGUGUCUUGGAAGCGUUGAAUACCGAAGCAGAGGAUGAGUUGAAGAAGUACGUCGGCAGUGACCGUGU